GCUGCUCUCCAGGAUGGUGUCCCGGAAGGCUGUGGCGGUUCUGCUGGUGGUGCACGUGGCUGCCAUGCUGGCCUCCCAGACAGAAGCCUUUGUUCCCAUCUUCACCCACAGCGAGCUCCAGAAGAUUCGGGAAAAGGAGCGCAACAGAGGUCAAAAGAAGUCCCUGGUUUUACAGAAGAGGUCUGAGGAAGUGGGGCCUCUGGACCCUUUGGAGCCCACAGAGGAAGAAGAAAACCAAGUUAUCAAGCUGACUGCUCCUGUGGAAAUUGGAAUGAAGAUGAACUCCAGGCAGCUGGAAAAGUACCAGGCCGCCCUGGAAGGGCUGCUGAGUGAGGCGCUGCUGUCCACCCAGAACGAUGAGUGACAGCCCGCUCCAGGUAGAAGGUGGAUGAAAACCGGGAGCCCCCCUCCCACCCGAGGAAGGCCCCGAAAUCUGCAUGCCCCACAGCCGGGCUCCGAAGGAAAAUGCUCUCUCCCAGGCAAGACCCCCUCCAGCAAAUAAAGCAGGAAAUCUACAG